CGGCGGUGGCCGCGGCGUCUUUAGUGGCGCCCAGUGCAGGAUGGUGCUGGAGGCGGCGGCGGCGGCCGUGGUGGCGGCGGCGUUGUUGGCGGCAGCGGGAGGGGGUGCUGUGGCGGCAGCGGCGGCGGCGCCCGCGGGUGGUAUAAAAUGGCGGAUUUCGAGGAGUUGAGGAAUAUGGUUUCUAGUUUUAGGGUUUCUGAACUACAAGUGUUACUAGGCUUUGCCGGACGGAAUAAAAGUGGACGCAAGCAUGACCUCCUGAUGAGGGCGUUGCAUUUAUUGAAGAGCGGCUGCAGCCCUGCGGUUCAGAUUAAAAUCCGAGAACUGUACAGACGCCGAUACCCUCGGACUCUUGAAGGCCUUUCUGAUUUAUCCACAAUCAAAUCAUCAGUUUUCAGUUUGGAUGGUAGCUCCUCACCUGUAGAGCCUGACUUGGCCGUGGCUGGGAUCCACUCGUUGCCUUCCACUUCAGUUACACCUCACUCGCCAUCCUCUCCUGUUGGUUCUGUGCUGCUUCAAGACACUAAACCCACGUUUGAGAUGCAGCAGCCGUCUCCCCCAAUCCCUCCUGUCCAUCCUGAUGUGCAGUUAAAAAACUUGCCCUUUUAUGAUGUCCUUGAUGUCCUCAUCAAGCCCACAAGUUUAGUUCAAAGCAGUAUUCAGCGCUUUCAAGAGAAGUUUUUUAUUUUUGCUCUGACACCUCAACAAGUUAGAGAGAUAUGCAUAUCCAGGGAUUUUUUGCCAGGUGGUAGGAGGGAUUAUACGGUCCAGGUUCAGCUGAGGCUUUGCCUGGCGGAGACAAGUUGCCCUCAAGAAGAUAAUUAUCCUAAUAGCCUCUGUAUAAAAGUAAAUGGGAAGCUAUUUCCUUUGCCUGGCUAUGCACCACCACCCAAAAAUGGGAUUGAACAGAAGCGCCCUGGACGCCCUUUGAAUAUCACAUCUUUAGUUAGGUUAUCCUCUGCUGUGCCAAACCAGAUUUCCAUUUCUUGGGCAUCAGAAAUUGGAAAGAAUUACUCCAUGUCUGUAUACCUUGUACGACAGCUCACAUCAGCCAUGUUAUUACAGAGAUUAAAAAUGAAAGGUAUUAGAAACCCUGAUCAUUCCAGAGCACUAAUUAAAGAAAAACUUACUGCGGAUCCUGAUAGUGAAAUUGCCACCACUAGCCUUCGGGUCUCCUUGAUGUGCCCUUUAGGGAAAAUGAGGCUGACAAUCCCGUGCCGUGCAGUGACUUGUACACAUCUGCAGUGUUUUGAUGCGGCCCUUUAUCUGCAAAUGAAUGAGAAGAAGCCCACCUGGAUUUGUCCUGUGUGUGACAAAAAAGCUGCCUAUGAAAGUCUCAUUUUAGAUGGGCUUUUUAUGGAAAUUCUCAAUGACUGUUCUGAUGUGGAUGAGAUCAAAUUCCAGGAGGACGGCUCUUGGUGUCCAAUGAGACCGAAGAAAGAAGCUAUGAAAGUAUCCAGCCAACCGUGUACAAAAAUAGAAACUUCAAGUGUCCUCAGUAAGCCUUGUUCAGUGACUGUAGCCAAUGAGGCGAGCAAGAAGAAAGUGGACGUUAUUGACCUAACGAUAGAAAGCUCUUCUGAUGAAGAGGAAGACCCUCCUGCCAAAAGGAAAUGCAUCUUUAUGUCAGAAACACAAAGCAGCCCAACCAAAGGGGUUCUCAUGUAUCAGCCAUCUUCUGUAAGGGUGCCCAGUGUGACUUCGGUUGAUCCUGCUGCUCUUCCGCCCUCAUUAACAGACUACUCAGUACCAUUCCACCACACGCCAAUAUCAAGCAUGUCAUCCGAUUUGCCAGGUUUGGAUUUUCUUUCCCUUAUUCCAGUUGACACCCAGCAGUACUGUCCUCCUAUGUUUUUGGAUAGUCUCACCUCACCCUUAACAGCAAGCAGCACGUCUGUCACCACCACCAGCCCCCAUGAGAGCAGUACUCACGUUAGCUCGUCCAGCAGCAGGAGCGAGCCGGGGGUCAUAGCCAGCAGCGGAAGUAACAUUCCUGACGUCAUCUCGUUGGACUAAAGGAGGACUCACUCGAUUCUGGGAAUCAUUCGUCAGAACCUCCCUUUCUUGGAUCUCUGGUCCGUGGAAGCUAUUUUUUUGGUAACAAUUACUUUGAUAUUUAUUGAAAUGUCAGACGGAUUCUUUUGCCUUCUGAAAGAUGAACACAAAUGACUACAGCAAGAACCACAUGACAUGCGAGGAUUUUUCCUAUUCAUGCUGUGCUCUGAGCAUCCGAUGUGUUCAGCCAUUUAACUGUGUCUUCAGAGAUGGAUUUCAGUUUCACGUGUUACUGGACGGAUUCUACAAAUCAGUUAAUUUUUUUGUUGUUGUAGUAAACAGCAAUAAAAUUAUGUAAAUAUUCAAGUAAACUUUUUUCUAAUUAAAAAGAUGUAAUCAAUGAUUCUAAAAUGACAGCAACUUUUGUUUAACCUGAUGUGAAGGAAAAAUACAUGGAAAGAAGUUAUGUUUGCCGAAUGAGUCCUUUCCACAGAGAUUUGUUCUGUUUUCGUUGAAGUAAUGAAGCCUUCAUACGUGCCCAAAGCUUGGGUUUCACUUUUUUUUUCCUGCAGCUCUACUCUUCUUCCUGAUUCCAUCAAAGAAAAAUGGCCUUUGUGUUAAGCAUUUUCCCUGGUUUUCGUUUAAUUUUGAUAUUGUGUGCCGAUGGAUGCGGAGUGAAGUUCUGGGAUUGGCUGCUGUUCACGAGUGUUUAUGUUGAAGAAUGCUAUGCAGAGUCUGCCCUGUGUAUGUUAUUUUUGGUAAUUGUACAUUCUCAUUCUAGAGAUUUCUAUAAAUUGGGAGCUUACCUUCUCAAAACAAAUUUUCUGCAGCCAUUGAGUGAAAUGUUUUUGGAGUAGGGUGUGGCUGGAGUGUUAGGAUUCUGUUCACACUGUCCGGAAAUACUGAGAGCUUGGAGACAAUGGAAGAACAGAUCUAGGGGCAGUAGGGAUAACAAAGUUUAAUAUCUUCCCAAGAACUUCUUUUGCUCAUGCGUUUUAUAGAAUAAUAUACAAAUCUGCAUUGAAACUUGUCAGUUCAGUAACACUGACAAAGGAAACAUAUUUUAGAUCUCCUGUUUCUCAUAGCAGUGAUCUUCAAACUUGAACAAACAAUUACAGGGGUUGGGGAUGGCAUCAGAUUUCCUUUUCUUUUUUUCUUUUAGAAGGAAGUCUUUCCUGUAACCACAAAAAGACAAAACAGAAUUGGAAGUGUUUGAAUAUAAGAAAGGAUUGCAGAGGAUGGGCCUGAAACCCACAUUGAAAACCACUCUUACUGUGUGAUUUUAAGUCUCUCAGGAAACUGAGUUUUACCCUUAGAGAAACAUUUUUUAUCCAAAUUUUCUAUUCUCCUUUGCUUCAUUUGGCUUCCUAAAUCAUUUUUGAGUUCUCAAGGAGUUAAUACUUCCCUAAUGUUUAGCUUUCUCUCCCUAAGCUGUAUCUACUUUAAAAAUAAACCUUUUUGUUUUUAAUAAAAUGAUUAAUCUGAUUUUUCAAACUGAAGUGCCCAGAUGAAGAGUCUGCCUGUUUCAGUUAGAAUAGGAAACACACUGCUUCAGGUCUGGUGCGGCUUCAGGAGCUGACUGGUCACUGCUUGGGUUUUUGUUUUUUUUUUUUUUUUUUUUUUUUUUUUUUUUUACACUUUCUCAAGUUUUCUUGGCCUCUGUGCUCUUUUUGUACUGAUUUAAUUCCCUGUCAUUUUCUGCAUCAUCCUUUCUUCAGCUGCAUCAUCCCCUUAAGUGUUUUAUCCCUUUCGGAGAGCUGCUUAUUAUGAAAAACACGGAAAACAAACCUGCAUCUUCUCACAGUAGUAACAUAGUUGCCCGUUUGACCUUCUUUGUCCAAGUUACAGCUCUUUGGUCCAGACACAGAAUUUCUUCCUAGUAACAUUUUAUGUCGCUGCUCUAAAUAUGGAUGCAAGUUCUGCUAACUCUGUAAUCAGAUAGAGAAAGGAAACUGAUUUGUGUGGUAUAAUUUGUUAAUAAAGAAAUGCUGUAUAUUUGUUAUCAUUUUGUUACCCUUUGGAUUCUCAGAGACCCUCCCCUCCCCAGUUUAACCAACGAAGUUUUCUAAGGUAAAUGAGAAAAUUAAUAGAAACGAGUUAAUUUACUUGGUCCUUGUAGGUGGUACCUCUGUGCUUUUACAGCUGGGCUUUGUUUCCUGUUCACUAUUUUACGCGAACAGUUUUAUUGCUCAUUUUUGGUGCUUUCCCCUGAAUUACGUCAGUUUUUAAUUUAUCUCAUGCAGGCGACUAACAUUUUUAAAAAUAUACUUUUAAGUUUAUAAUCUUAAAAUUGGGACUUUUGUGUAUGUGUCUUUGAAGAUGAGUACUUUUCUUUAUGCUUUUGGCCCUGUGACAACAGCGUGCUUAUUAAGCCAUUGUCCUUUGUUUCAGUACAGUCACUAAAUAUUUCUAGUAAGACCCUGACUUUGUAGCAGUUUCUCUUACUAGCCCAGCUGUCUGCUCAAACAAGUGUGAUUCAGUUUCAGAGGAGGUCAUCUAUAGCUUUUACUUAGAUGUCAGCCAACCAGUGGUUAUGUUUAAGGAAAGAAGCUGCAAUUACGAGUCUGUCAUUUACACUCAGCCGACCUGUUUCUUUCAUCUUUAUUCACAUAGAAACGUUAAGGGAUUUCCUUCUUUGGUAACUCCUGCAGUGUGUUGGGUGCCAAGUCUCGCUUCACACCUAAGGUCUACUUGAACUUCACUAACUUUCUGACCCUUAGGUGAGCCACUUCAGGGCUUUGUUUCCAUUUCUACCCAGAAGGUAUAAACACUUAGUAUCUGUCAUAGGAUAAUUAUAAAGGCCAAACAGAACAAUAGAGGUAAAUUGAAGCUUAUGGGACAUCUAUCUGGUAAUCAGAAAAGCUAGAAUGAAAAUGCCAUGCUUAGGUGAGAGAUUGUGAGUAUAAAUAAGGAGAACCAUAACUCUUGGUAUAAGACAAGUUCUCCUGGGCUAGAAUCUUAAGGAAUUUAAAAAAAAAAAAAAAAGGUAAAAUGUCAGAUUUUAGAUGAAUGAUACUCAACAGAGCUUAUUCUGACUUUAGAUUCAGUCCUUUCAGACAUUCUCCCUUUUCAUCAGUCCUGGACGUUCGUCAUUUAGUAACCAACUUGUCUGCUUUUCUUCUGCCAAAAGGUAUUCAUUAGUUAACAGUCUGUUUUUGUAAGUAAAGUUGAUUUUUGCAAAGCAGCAGUUCUCAGGUAUGCCCUUUCUCCCCAGCCCCCAGUGGGUAAACACACAUACACACACAGCGGUUUCAUUUUUUUCCCCCACCCAAGUAAACACUUUUAGUUUUCUAUUCUUUUUCUACUUGGAAAAUGUCAAGCCGUGUGCCAUUUAAACUUGGGUCUGACAUAGUGUUUUGUGGCCCUGGGCCUCUGGGUUGUGGAGUUGUCAUUUAGAUCAGUGACCGAUGACUAGACCUGGCUGACCACCUAUUUCCUGUAGCAGUUCUACGUGAAUGUGGUAAAACUUGUGGAAACAAAUUUAAUAAUUUCUCUGCCUUUUUAAGAGUCUGAUGCUCCAGUCAGAUGGAUGACUGGUUUGUAAGCCCCCACUUUGUUGUUAGGACCCACGCUCCGAUUCCCAGCAGAAACAAACAAAGCUACAUAAAAAUGCCCAUUUUUCUUUAGUGCUUGCCUGAUUCAGUACUGUUCUGGUUUUUUCUGUUUACGUUAGUGAUACAUGCUUCUGUGAGAAAUCUAGGUAAUACAGAAAAGGGGGGAAGCACCGUAUUUCUUGCCAGUCUUUGCUACUAGUGUAUGAUUUUAUAUAGUUUCAUUCAUUCUCAGUAUAAUUUGUGUCUUGAUUUUGUUCUCAGGCUACAGGCAUUACUCCACGUCAUUAAAAACUUGUGUGGAUGCUGCCUCCCUGUUAGCUUUGCCCGCUGGACGCUUUAGCUGCACCUCAUGGUGCAGUGUUACAGAGCACGUCUCUGCACAGGAAUUACUUCCCUAGGAUAAAUUCCUAGAGGCGGAAUUUCUGAGUUGAGGGUUAUUAUAAAUAUGUAGUUUUUGAUUCAUAUCACUUUUCCAAGUGGCUUUACUAAUUUGUACUCCAGCCGUUUGGCAUGAGAGGACUGUCUAACCAUGUUUUCCAAGAUUAUGGACCAUUUGUCCCUGCAGACGUCUGCGUCGAGACCCUCUCUCCCUCCUGAGCCUGGGGGUCUGGGCUGACUGAUCUGGAGAUGAUUGGCAGAGAUUUUCCUGGGGUGUCUCGGUUUCAAAUAUAUCUAUCUGAUACGUUCCAGAAAUACCUACACAAGGAUACCGAAUGAUUUUUCACUUAGUUUUACUUGUACUAGUCGGAAGUAGCCCAUUUUCCAUUUUUAGUUAGAAAAUCUUUUCUUCUUUUCUUUUUUUUUUUUUUUUUUGGAAAACUUUGUGCCUGGGGCCAGCCCCUAGUAGCCAGCUCUUUUCCUCUUCCCAUGUGCUUCACUUCGGCCUUUCUCAGUUCCCAGCGCCAGGGUCUUCUGAGCCAAAAGCAGUCCAGCUCAAACUGGAAAAGUGAUAAGGCUAGUCAAGUGUUCAAAAAUCAGGAAUUCUUAACCUACCAACAGAUGUGCUGAGAAUCUUACAAAAUGUCACAUUCCUUACCACAGCCCUUCAAGGGAAGUCGUAGUGUCUCCAUUUUGCAAAUGAAGAAACAUUAAAUUUCGCAGUGGACUUGGGAAUCUGAAACAGACCUACCUCAAAAGCCUUCUGACUAAAUUGAAGUGACCCUGGUCAGGUGGGCUAUUUAGGAGACUGAUGGGAAUCUAGACAAAAUUAGGAAAAACUGAUUUCAGAUAAUGGCCACAGGGAUAAGGAAAUAGUGGAUACUGGAGCCAUUUCAAAGGAAAACUCCAAGAUUCAUGUCUGAGUAGAUACAGGAGUUAAGGGCUGAGUCCCUUUCUCAAGCCAGUGGUGCUGUUACAGAGACAGGAGGCGGUUAGAGUGGAUGUUAGUCAUUCAGGGAAGACAAUGGUGAGUUUGAUGUAAGUGUGAGAUUUCAGAAAGGAAGCGUCCAAGAAGCUCAUGCUUGUUUCCUGCAGGCUUCCCCUGCCCCCAUUUUCACCUUCACUUGCCUCCCGUCUGUAUCUAUUCUAGUCACUCCCAAUUGCCUACCCACCCUCCCUUCCUCCCUAAACCCCACCUGGCUGCGUCUCCAUCUUUUCAUUUGAUUUUUCUCUUAAUGGCCUUCCCACCGCAGAUGUGGCUGUCCCCCGAAGUCCUGCCGUGCCCCGCGGCUCUCCCCGGUGUGCGCUGUCUUCAGGCUCCACAUGUCUCUGGAGGCGCUGGCUGCUGCCCUUCCUCUCUAUUGUGAUUUCUAAAUUUCUCCUGAGGCUUCUGACAAAAAAUCUGCCCCUUUGCAGCCCAUGCUGAGAACUUACACUUCCGGUGACCUGUACGCUUAUCGAGUAACGUCCUGAUCACUCCCUUUGAUCUGCUGAAGACCUCACUUCCUGGCUCACAGUGUAUCUUACCAUCUCUAAUUCUGUUGUCUUCUCAGUAUCCUCAUUGAUCUGGUGGAUGGUCCAUCCAACACUUCAGCCAGUGAGAUUUUUGGUUACCUCACCUCCAACAUUUUGUUCCAUUGAAACUCCCUACCACUAUUUCACCCUUUCUGUUUUCCUCUGUACUCUUUGUCCAACUUAGACUUGGCCCUUCGUUACCACAGCCUUCAGCAUAAUCUCAGAGCCCUUUCUCAGAGUCACCCACCAGUCCUUUGACAUGGCAUUGCGCUGUUCUUCUGCCCAUUCUCAUCAAUGUAUACACGUGUCGGCACUCCUUUUUUUUCUUGUUUUACUUGAAACAUGGUUGAUGUACAACAGUAUGUUAGUUUCAGGUGUGCUACAUGAUUUGACAUUUGCAAACGUUAUGCAAGGGUCACCGUGAUAAAUGUAGUAACCAUCUGUCCCCAUACAAAGUUAUAAUAAUACUGACCAUAUUCCUUAUGCUGUAUGUUUCAUCCCUGUGGCUUAUUUAUUUUAUAACUAGAGGUUUAUUCUUCUUAACCAGCCAUUAGUUCUCUGAGUCUGCUCUCGUUUCAUUUGUUUCUUUAGGUCGCAUAUAAAUGACAUUUGUCCUUCUCUGCAUUGUUUCACCUAGUGUAAUUAAUACCCUCUAGAUGUCUGUUAAAAAUGACAAAAUUCCUUUGUUGUUGUUAAUAGCUGAGUAAUACUCCAUCUUCUUUACCCAUUCAUCUACUGACGGGCACUUAGGUUGCUUCCAUAUUUUGGCGAUUGCAAAUAACAGCGUAGUGAUCAUGGGUGCACAGGUAUCUUUCUGAAUUCAUGUUUCUUGCUUUCUUCCAGAAGCGGAAUUGCUGGGUCACAAGGUGGUUGUUUUUAAACUUUUUGAGGAGCCUCCGUACUGUUUUCCAUAGUGGCCACACCUACAUACGGCCCCACCAGCAGUGCGUGAGGGUUGCCGCACCCUUGCCGACACUUUUGUUUUCUUUUUGGUGAUAGCCUGCCCCUCCUUUUCUAACUACACCCUUCUCAGCAGGUGAUGCUGCUUCCUGGCUUCCUUUUUCCAGUCUCAGAGGGUGAGGUCGGCCAGAGGCCAGUUUAGCCAUGUGAGCCUUUGAUUCCUCUGUAACCUUCAGGACCUUCCUCUAUCAGACUUUCCCUCUUUCCUCCAUGUCCUCCCCCUCUCUGCUGCUGCUUUUGGCUUAAAAAAAAAAGUAUCAAGUCAUCACAUAUUUGCAAUCCUAUUGCAUAUGCCAGGCACUGUAUCAGGCACUUGGAACACAGGAUAGAUAGAUGCCUACCUCUACCACAGUUGUAAUCCAGUCAAAUAUGCAGAUAAGUGAAUAGGGAGAUGGCAGUGCAGUGGUAAAAGGCGGGGCGCGGGGUGCUGUAGAGCACACAGGUGGCGGGGACUGAAAAUGUUCAGAGCAGCUGGAAAUGUGCUAAGGACUGUUAGAAGAAGUAUGUAAGGAAUCAUGAAAGGCCUUGUCAAGCGUCAUGAAGUCAUUGAAGAGUAGUCACGGUCAUUCACAGUAAUGAGCAUCUGCGGGGUUUGGUGUGAUUAUCUCCAUUCUACAAAUGUGGAAGCAGAUUCGGAGACGGUAGGUGACUUGCCUAAGGUCUAGUAGCUUGUAAGCGGGGAGCCAGGCUUCCUACCCAGUUUUUCACUGCCUUCUCAGAGAGGCCUUCCCUGACCAUUCUAUCUCAAACGUAUCCUUGUCCCAUCACUGUUGAGAUCCUAAUGGCACAUUGCACAGCCUGUGUCUGUUUUAUGUAUUAGUUCUGUGUGUUGUCUGUUUCCUCUACUAGAUUGUCAGCUCCAUGAGGGCAGGGGUGAUAUCUUACUUCACUUGCAUCCGGAGCCUAACAUGGUAUGGUGCAUAGUAGGUGCUCAAUAAAUAUUUCUGAAUGAAGAAA